GACCUUUGAGCGGCAAAGGAAAAUGCUUAUCGCAAAAAGUGACAAGACACCCGUCUCCUUGGCCGAUUUUGCCGCACAGGCUCUCCUCGUUGCAGCAAUAAAGCACAGCUUUCCGUACGACAAGAUUGUCGGAGAGGAGGAUACAUCUCUGUUGCGCACGAAGCCCGAGCUCGUACUCAAAAUCUGGGACUUGGUCGACGAGACCCAUCUCGAUGAUCCCGAUGCCGAAGCUCUGUUGCGCCCCCCCCCCCCACCCUACAGGGGCCCCGAAGGCCGUGUGUGGAUGAUUGAUCCUGUCGAUGGGACCAAGGGCUUCUUAAACCAGGGACAGUAUGUCGUAUGCUUAGUUUUUCUAGUGGACGGACAUGAGAAGGUGGCGGCUUUCGGUUGCCCCCACGUCACUCUAGACUCCGGCAGGAUUUCUGAGAGCGACACAUUUACCGGUGGCCCCGGCUAUCUGGUCUCAGCAGUCAGAGGCGAGGGCGCUCAAAUCAGGCCAUUGUCGGAAGGCAAACUCCUCGAGCCAAAGCCGCUGGGGCAACGUGAUGCUGUCAACGACUUGGGCCAGCUGCGGUUCUGCGAAAAUACCAAGACCACCUCACCGCAGUUUGCAAAUCGACACAAGAUUGCAGCCGAGUUAGGUGCACCUUGGGAUCCAAUCCACAUCUACAGCACCCAACUGCGGUACAUUUCUCUGGCUCUCGGCUUCAGUGACGUUGUUUUACGCACACCGCUGCCAAACAAUGCUCCAGCUCACUCCUGGGACCAUGCUGGAGGUAUGAUGGUCUUUGAAGAGACGGGAGGCAAGGUUACGGAUUUGAAUGGAAAGGCGAUAGUCCUGACGGCCGGUCGGGAUCUGACAGAGAAUUUCGGCCUGAUCGCUGCGCUAGCAACGAUCCAUUCCCGUGUCCUCGAGGCGGUCAGGGCUGGUUUUGUUUCCUCUGGGUACCCGGAAUACAGCGGUAUAAUUGCAUGA